GGCAGCUGGGCGAGGAAACAGAGGGAAAACCAGCUGAGAGGAGAGAAACAGAGGACAGGAAGAGAGAAAAAAUUAAGAGAGUGGGAACGUUAUCCUGGAAUAGCCAGCAACUAGAGCUGCAGACUCCACCCUUCUCACCCCUCCCCUUACUCUCUCUCUCCCUUUCUCCCUCGCUAUCUCUCUCUCUCUCUCCCUCUCUUGCUCGCUCUCUCUCUCUCUCCGAAGCAGUCUCCUAGUGUGUCAUUUGACCAGGCAGUUCACAGAGGCAGAGAGCUCAGCACCAAAAAGAAAACAGGGGAAAAGCGGAGAGACAGAGCAGAGGGAGCACGCACAAAUAUAAGCUCGCUGGAAUGUUUCUUUGGCUGAAAAGAAACUACCCCCGUGAGUGUGGAUUUCCUCUUGACUGCUGCUGCUUUUUGUGGACUCUUUUUACCCUCUUCCCGGUCUGGAUGUGUGGGGGGGCUUUGAGUCUGUCUUCGGUCAACUGAGGAGGAAGCAUCAACCUUUUUGGGGGAUUUUUACACUUUGAGGAGUGAACCCCUACUUGUGUAUGUGAGAGAGAGAGAGAGAGAGAGAGAGAGAGAGAGCGAGAGAGCGAGAGAGGGGGACUUGAGAGAGACAGAGAGGAAAUUGGAAGAGGGGGAGGGAGAAGGAGAGAGUGCCGGGCCAUGCCCACCUCUGCUCAUGGUUCAACAGCAUGAAAGGGGGCCACCAUCACCAUCGCCACCACCGAGGCUGUGGCUGCCAACACUUGUUCCGUAAAGUCCUGGUCAAGUGUGGCUGCUGCUAUGCCCGAGUCAGAGACUCAUACUCGGCAGCAGGCAGCGAGGGCAGCAUCUCCACCUCUGUGGCGUCCCUGCCCCCGCAGGCAUCAGGAAGCUCGGCCCCCAGCUCUCCGGGCUCCAGGCGCUCUGUGAGCACUCUGAAGAAGUGGCUCACGAACCCUGUGCGCAAGCUUAGCGCCGGGGCCACUGCCAAAGGGGAGCGUCAGGUCCGAAAACUUGAGGGAAAGCCUCUACCUCUUCCAUCCCACAGUAACAGCCAGGACCUGGGCAGCCCUGUGAGGCCAGAAGAUACUCUCACCAUCCUGCCUGUCACACACAGAGAACUGGAGUGGAAAGAUGGCCUUGCAAGCCCCGAGGACCUGUCACCGGCUACACUACAGUCCCCCAGCUACAUUACUGACUCACUGAUUGGCUGCACUUCACUGCCAAACACCCAGGACACUCAGUCCACCAGUGUUCUGCCGGAUGACAGCGGCUCCGUCUUGAUGGACGACACUUCCAGCCAAUGGUCGGCUGCGGCUGACACAGAGGAGGAGAGGAGGAGUGCCUUAGAGAAAAGCAUGUAUGUGCUGAAGGAGCUUAUUGAGACAGAGAAGCACUAUGUGGCAGACCUGGGGCUCAUAGUGGAGGGCUACAUGGGCACAAUGACCUCCAAAAGUGUCCCGGAGGACAUGAAGGGAAAAGACAAGAUUGUUUUUGGGAACAUUCACCAAAUAUUUGACUGGCAUAAAGACUACUUCCUGGGAGAGCUGGAGAAGUGUUUGGCAGAGCCGGAGAGGCUGGCUCAGCUCUUCAUCAAACAUGAGAGGCGCCUGCAUAUGUAUGUCGUAUACUGUCAGAACAAGCCCAAGUCGGAACAUAUCGUCUCAGAGUAUAUCGAGACGUACUUUGAGGAGUUGCGGCAGCAGCUGGGCCACAGGCUGCAGCUGAACGACCUGCUCAUCAAACCUGUCCAGAGGAUCAUGAAGUACCAGCUGCUGCUCAAGGACUUCCUCAAGUAUUACACCAAAGCUGGGAUGGACACGGAGGAGUUGGAGAAAGCGGUGGAAGUGAUGUGCUUUGUGCCAAAACGUUGCAAUGAUAUGAUGAACGUGGGCCGACUACAAGGCUUUGAGGGGAAGAUCACGGCCCAGGGCAAGCUGCUCCAGCAGGACACCUUCACCGUCACCGAGCAGGACAGUAGCUUCCUGUCCCGAGCCAAAGAGAGACGGGUCUUCCUUUUUGAGCAGAUGGUCAUCUUCAGCGAGCCAAUCGACAGGAAGAAAGGUUUCUCCAUCCCUGGAUACAUCUUUAAGAACAGCAUCAAGGUGAGCUGCCUUGGGGUGGAGCCCGGCGUCGACGGCGAUGAUGCCCCUUUUGUGCUGACAUCACGCAACCCUGACGGGAGUGUGGUGCGCUUCCAGCUGCAGGCCGCCUCCCCCGACAUCUGCCGGGCCUGGGUCAACGAUGUUGUUCAGAUCUUGGAAUCCCAGCGCAACUUCCUCAAUGCCUUACAGUCGCCUAUUGAGUACCAACGGCGAGAGAGCAAGUCUAACAGCCUGGGCCGCUGCAUGAGGCCCCCUCUGUCUGCCGCCAGCGCCCUUCGGCCCCACUCCUCCGCCUCCAUUGACCGCCACAAGCUGCCCUCCCUUCACUCUUACAACACCUCCCUGCCUGCGCUUUACCUGCCCAGCCAAGGCCAGGGCCAAGGACCCAGUGAGACAUACUCACAGCGGGACCCCGCUGUGGUCCAGCCAUGCCCUGCUGACUCCCACACUGUUUCCCCAUCACACGUCCAACUGGGCUUCACUGAUCAGCCAAACUGUCAAGCUGUGUCAAAUGGGCUGUACACAUCCACCACACAAAGUGCACAGCAGAGAGCAGGAGAGGGCUGCCGGAGGGGUCAAGCUGCUGACGCUGGGAGCCAGCCUCCACUGUCGGGCCCCUCAGCUGGACGACGGCCCAGCAACCUGGCUCAGUUGGCCGAGGAUGACCUAUGAACUCUGACACUGUGUCUCCUCGGUCAGGAGGACAGCAGCUAAAUGCCUCAGAUGUGGAGGACUUGUCUACUGUCUGUUUAUGCCAGGCUGGAUUCUUACCUGGUUCAGUUAUGAUAUCUGCAGGAUAAUGAAGGAACAUAAUGAAGGAAUUAUGGGCUGCAGCUGUGACUUCUCUGCUCCUGUUUUUAGAGAGCCAUUCAAUGGGAGGUGACUAGCUUUAGCCACCCUGAGAGUACACGAACAGCAUCCAGUGGGAAGUUACUGGGCUCAGAGAGAAAAACGCUCGACAGUUUCUGUCAUGACAAUUUCUGCUUUUUACCUUUGGUGAGAGUUUGUAUGCUCCUCUCACUUUUAAAAGGGCAAGGGGGAGUUUGUUUGAUGAAGAAAUAUCCAUUCCUAAUUGGGGCGGUCACUGGAGUUACGUGUGUGCCUGGAUGUGUGUUAAACGUGUGUGUGUGUGUGUGUGUGUGUGUGUGUGUGUGUGUGUGUGCAUGAGACUGUGCAAGGAGUGGCAGCAGCUCCUUUUGUACUCUGGUAAUUCUGAAGCCCUGUAGUGAGAAGACAAGUACAGCUACAUUAGUGCAUUUUGUCAUUCCCCUGCUGACGACCGAGUUGCUGUUUGUGUCGACAAGAAUGGGAAAAAGCAGAACACUUGAUGUGAACACGCCACAAAGACUUAACUCGCUCAAACUGACAGUGAAGAACUUUUCUUUCUUGCCACAGUGUUGAGGGCUCCUGCGUGCUCUCUUAUUCUGUUUGACCGGCCCUCGUUUGAUCUGGACAAAAAAGGUGUGAUGGAGCCCCCUGGAGGUUCUCUGCGGGUAUGACGUCAUGUUGGAAUACAUUUUUUGCUCUUUGGGCAACUCCAGAGGAGUUGCUUCAGCCCAGUUGGUGCAUUCAAAGGGACUGCUGUGCUGACCCCAAAGUGUUGCAUGCAACAUCUUCUCGGUUAUUGACUUUCAUGACUCUACACGGAUCUUUCUUUCCAGGUCGAAGAGGGGUGGCUUGUGGUUUAUGAAUUGUUUUAUUAGUCCACUGUUGUCAUGUCAAGGCUGUGCACCAUUUCUAUAAUCUCUGUUAGCUUUUUUUCCCUCUUGGACUAAAUACUGUACAGUGCAUACCAUAAAUGCAAUCGUAUAUUUCCACAUGUAAGUUGAAGGAAGACCCAAGAAGAGCCAAGGGACGUUGCACUUGGAAAAUGAAGGAUGAUAUUAUGUUGCAGGAUGCUGAUGAAUCUGCAUGCUCCCUCUUCCUCAAACAACAGUGCCAAAAAACAAAACAAAAAAAACAGCCGCUCACCACUCAAAUACUCCUCUAGUUCAGUUUGCCGUUACUCUUAUCAAACAGUCGUCGAUACUGUGUAGCAAUCAGGACUGCAACGCCGAGGAAGGACAGAAAGAGGCGAGCGAGGUGGAUGAAGGGUGCUAUCCUGUCAAUAUCAGGUCAGUUCCUCUUUGUGGCCAGUAGAGGUCCCCACAAGGCUUUCACUUCCAGUUUUAGUUGGAUCUUACAGCUGCACCAAAGAUGAACGGGCCUCAUAUUUCAGCGCUCGCAUUGAAGAAAAAGCUGCUCAAUAGCCUGUCCGAGAGAAACAAUAAUACAUUUAGACAUUAGGUGAGCGGAACCAUCUCACAGAAUCGAUUUAUGUGAACUGCUUUCACGGGUGAUUACUGAUUUAACUCAACGUAAUACCACUACAGAGAACCAAAAGCAAGGAAUUAAAAACAAAGAGAGGGUUGGUUGAUGCCAUGUUUGACUGAGUAGAAAACUGUUGUAUCAUAUCAAAUAAAAAAAAAGUGUCUUUUUGAAAGUGA